CCCGCCCCCACCACCCCACCCCCCACCACCCCACCCCCGCAACAGCCUCAAGCUCAGCCCCAGCAACAACAGCAGGCACAAGCACCUCAUCCACAACCACCUCAGCAACCACAUCAACAGCAGCAGCAACAGCAGCAGCAGCAACAGCAGCAGCAACAGCAGCAACAGCAGCAACAGCAGCAGCCACAGCAGGCGCAAGCGGCCCCACCCCAGGCACAGCAACAGCAGCCACAAGCGGCAAUCGCUGCUCCUGCCUUACCAGUGGGGAAUAACGCGGAGCCCCAGAACGCACAGCAGGCCCCCCAGCCAGCUCCAAACCCCCAUCUUCCUCAGCCACAACAAGCAGCUGCAGCAGUUGGAGGUGCUAUAGUUGCACCUGCAGCAGGCGCUCCUGGACAGCCUAGACAAGCAGCACCACCACCUGCAGCAGCUGCAGCUGCAGCAUUAGCUGCUCACGUAGCAGCUCAAGCAGGUGUGCAGCAACAGCACGCAGCAGUUCCACAUCAGGUGCAUAAUACUCCUCCUGCUCACCAACAGGCUUUAGUUGGACACGCACAUUCGGUGCACGGUGGAGGUGGUGGUGGCAGUGGCGGAGGUGGGCACGUUUCCUCAGGUGGUGUCAGCAUGUCAGUGUCACGGGUACCUUCGCCUUUACCUCCUGAAAAUAAUAUGCCCGUUGCUGAAAACUGGUGCUAUACUCAGGUGAAAGUUAUCAAAUUCAGUUAUAUGUGGGCCAUCAACAACUUCAGCUUUUGUAGAGAGGAAAUGGGUGAAGUCCUGAAGUCAUCCACAUUCUCUGCUGGUGCCAACGAUAAAUUAAAAUGGUGUUUGCGUGUAAAUCCUAAAGGUCUAGAUGAGGAGAGUAAAGACUACCUCUCUCUUUAUCUUUUACUCGUUUCAUCAAAUAAAUCAGAAGUUAGGGCUAAGUUCAAGUUCUCUAUUCUUAAUGCCAAAAGGGAAGAAACUAAGGCUAUGGAAAGUCAACGUGCGUACCGAUUUGUCCAAGGAAAAGACUGGGGUUUUAAGAAAUUUAUAAGAAGAGAUUUUCUCCUAGAUGAAGCGAAUGGAUUAUUACCUGAUGAUAAACUAACUUUAUAUUGUGAGGUUUCGGUGGUAGCAGAUAGUGUUAACAUCUCUGGGCAGAGCAACGCCAUACAUUUUAAAGUGCCUGAUUGCCGUCUGUCAGAUGAUCUUGGUGUUUUAUUCGAGUCCCAACGAUUCUCUGAUGUAACUCUUUCUGUGGGAGGCAGAGAAUUUCAGGCACACAAAGCUAUUCUUGCAGCACGAUCGCCUGUGUUUGCUGCUAUGUUUGCACAUGAAAUGGAGGAAAGAAAGCACAAUAGAGUUGAAAUUCAAGAUGUUGACCAUGAAGUUUUAAGAGAAAUGUUAAGGUUUAUAUAUACAGGAAAAGCAGCAAACCUAGAAAGAAUGGCAGAUGAUCUUUUGGCAGCAGCUGACAAGUAUGCUUUAGAAAGACUAAAAGUGAUGUGUGAAGAAGCUUUAUGUACCAAUCUCAGUACAGAAAAUGCAGCUGAUGUGUUGAUCUUGGCAGACCUUCACUCAGCAGAUCAACUGAAGGCACAGGCCAUCGAGUUUAUCAACACACAUGCAACAGAUGUUAUGGAAACACAGGGUUGGAAGUCUAUGAUACAAUCUCAUCCUCAUCUCAUUGCCGAAGCUUUUCGUGCUUUGGCUACUCAACAGAUUCCACCUAUUGGACCUCCACGCAAGAGGAUAAAAGCCAGUCCAUGAACCUACUAAUCAGUCUGGCUUGGCCACUCACCUCACCUCCUUUGGCCUCCCCACUUGUCCAGCCCCUCACACUAAUCCACAGAAUUGGAUGGCCCAGUUUCCUCUUUGUUGGGUAUAAGAGGAAAGGAAAGGAAAGACACAGGAAGUGAAACUGAAGACGUUAGUGAUGGCAAUAUCAGUGUAAAAGUUCGACCUAUAUAUUUAUUGUGGUGAGAUAGUGUUCCAAGCUCAUCUAAGAUUAGCCUUGGAAUUCAUAUGCAGGAGUGUGGGUGAGUGUUGUGACAAGUGAUUGGGACCUGGCCUCUCAUUAUCCCACCAGUCAACAGAGUACAAUCAAGGAACAAAAUGUUCCUGCCCACUCAGGUUGGUAGGGCUGUAGUAAUUUCUUGUACUUACUGCGCCCAGCCCAGCUUUUUCUCCCCAAUUUCCUUUAAGUCCACCAAAUGAUCUCAAAGGGGUCUUAUGAAUAUGUAGAAGCCACAGACUGCAUUGUGCAGAAGCCAUACUCUACAGGGUAUGUCUCGUGUAAAUAUCUGUGAUGUAGUUAGUGAUGGUCUUGAACAUUUGACGUAUACUUUUCCAAGUCAUGGACCGAAUAACUGAAUACUUUUGUUAAAUAGUAUACUCUUGUGGCAAACACUACUCUAAUUUUCUUCUUCUCUCUCUAUUUCUGUGUCCAGAUUAGUAAUUUGGACAAUUUCCAUAAUGCAUCUGAGCAGACCCUUCAGGGAGGUAAUGAAUAACGAGUCUGUUCUGUAAUAACACCAAAGUAAGUACUAGAGGGUCAAAUACUGUAAUGUUUAUGUAAAUGCAUAGUCAGAUCUAAGGAAGUCUACCUAUUUGGUUUUUUAAAAUGAGGUAGAAGUUUUGUGAAAUAAGUGAUACUGUAUUCAGUGUACAUUACUAGACUGAGCUUUCUUAGUUCCUUUAGAAAAUAUACAUUAUUCUCAUUUUGGAGAAUGGUUAAGAAUGCUGUAUAGGGUGAACAGUUAAUGUAGUAUGUUAACUGUUAAGAUUCCAAAUUUUACAGCCAAAGCUGUGCUUUACUAUGUUGGCAGUGAUUUAAGAUCAUGCAAAGGACAGAAUGGUCUGUCAUUCUUGACAGCAUCAGAUGGUGACAAGUGAUGAUAAAGUGUAAUGCAGUAUUUGGAUUGCUAAAUAAAGCUAAAUAGGUGAUCA